AUGAUCGUCAGGAGCGACCACUUAUCACGGUCGGCUAAGCCGCCCUCUGGCCACAAUGUCAACGAUUUUCGACAAAGGUGGUCUUUACGGUAUUUUUGGCAUCUUUCAAUUCCUCGACGUUGGAUAAAGAUGCUGGUUCUCUUAGGUUUGGCAUGUCUCUUCUCGGCUGGCUUAAGCUUGAGCUUGAACCAAAACCAAGUCAGGGAUUUCGAUCAGGAUUCUGGUCUACAGCAGGAUAAUGCAGUCACUCAGUUCCCACCGCCGCGACAGACUGGUCAGCACACUCAUGAUCCUACUAUCUUAAAGGUCGGCGAUGAGUUUUAUCUGUAUAAUGUUGGUGAACAUAUCUUGAUUCAAACCGCACCCUCCAUGGCCGGCCCGUGGAAGCAUGUCGGUGCCGUGCUGGAUGCCAACAGCGUUAUUCCUAAGGGUGACCGCGCCGCUCCGUGGGCGCCAACCGUCAUUGAGUUCGAUGGUGUCUACUACUGCUACUACAGCGUAAGCAAAGCUGGCUGCCGCGACAGUGCUGUCGGUGUGGCAACAUCUAAUUCCCCCGGUCCCGGGAAUUGGUACGAUCAUGGCGCUGUUGUGCAAACAGGAACGGGCAACGGGUCAGAUGUUGCGCCGUACACGAUCUCGAACGCCAUUGAUCCCAGCGCCUUGAUUCUUCCCAAUGGAGAUGCCUAUCUUACAUUUGGUAGCUACUGGACUGGAAUCUACCAGGUUCCUCUCGCAACGGACUUGCUAUCGCCUCUCAGCACUACUGAGCCAGAUGCUCGUCACCUCGCCUAUGAGCCCAAUGUCAUCAGCACACCUAACCGAAUGGCCAAUUCGCUGUGUGGUGACCCAACUGGACCACAUGCAAUUGAAGGUGCAUUUAUCUCUUACCAUGAUGGAUACUACUACUUGUGGUUCAGCCAUGGAAACUGCUGCAAUCUUAAUAUUAACAAGUUACCCGACCCUGGAAAAGAAUAUAGCAUUCGUGUUGGGCGAUCUCAGAACCCCCGUGGUCCUUUCAUCGACAAAUCUGGGAAAGAUCUUGUCAAUGGAGGUGGUACUGUUAUAUAUGGCUCCAAUGGGGAGACCUAUGCUCCUGGCGGCCAAGGCGUUCUUCGUGACGGUGAUACAGAUAUUCUUUACUAUCACUACCAAAACAAGACAAUUGGAGUUGCAUUCUCGGAUGCCUUCCUUGGUUACAGUCCAUUGAAAUAUGUCGACGGGUGGCCCGUUGCGCAACCAUAA